GGAGGAAGGAGACGCCAUUAGAGGGAGGCGGAGAGGCCGCGCCGUUCGCCUGUCCACGGGUGCCUGACGUGGUUCUGGGCCCUUCAUUCUCGGACUUUCUCUGGGCCCUUCCAGGCCGCGCCCGAGGAGGGCGUGCAGCGGGCGCCCCAGUCGGCGGGCCGCGGCGGAGCGGGUGCGCCGACCGCGGCUGGGAAGGCGCCGCGGCGGUUCCGGGGCUCGCACUGCCGGGGAGCGGCGGGAUGGCUGCGGCCGGCGGCGGCGGCGGCGGGGGGGCAGCGGGGCGAGCCUACUCGUUCAAGGUGGUGCUGCUCGGGGAAGGCUGUGUGGGGAAGACGUCGCUGGUGCUGCGCUACUGCGAGAACAAGUUCAACGACAAGCACAUCACCACUCUGCAGGCAUCUUUCUUAACAAAGAAAUUAAAUAUCGGUGGAAAAAGAGUAAACCUUGCCAUAUGGGAUACAGCAGGUCAAGAAAGAUUCCAUGCAUUGGGUCCAAUUUACUACAGAGAUUCCAAUGGAGCUAUUUUAGUUUAUGAUAUAACAGAUGAAGAUUCUUUUCAGAAGGUAAAAAACUGGGUCAAAGAAUUACGGAAAAUGUUGGGAAAUGAAAUCUGUCUCUGUAUAGUUGGUAAUAAAAUAGACUUGGAAAAGGAGAGACAUGUUUCCAUUCAAGAAGCAGAAUCGUAUGCAGAAUCUGUGGGAGCAAAGCAUUAUCAUACCUCAGCCAAACAGAAUAAAGGAAUUGAGGAGCUUUUUCUUGACCUUUGUAAAAGGAUGAUAGAAACGGCACAAGUAGAUGAGAGGGCGAAAGGCAAUGGCUCCAGUCAGCCAGGAGCUGCAAGGCGAGGUGUACAGAUUAUCGACGAUGAACCUCAAGCUCAGAGUGGUGGUGGAGGAUGUUGUUCUUCUGGAUAACUGUUCACACUUAAGAAAUGGAAACAGCAAAACUGUGGAUCAUUGCCCUCAACAUGAAGACUGCCAUAUUUCAAGUCACAUUAUUUUACCAAUGGAGUUAUAGAAUUAACAGUAUUUUAAAUUACAUUUAUAACACUGCAGAGACCUUAAGUGCUAAACUUAGUGGAGUUUGUGAACAGAGAAUUGGCAUUUUCUACAAAUGUUAACAAAGCAAUUACCAAUGGCCUUUUUACAUAUUUUUUUUCUUUAAUGAGAAAUAAUAUGCAUGUAGAAAAGACCUACUUAAAGGCUUCAUUUAUAUUCUUUUAAAUCAGAUCUUUAUUUAAUAACUUAUAUAUGUUGUUGGAAUGGUAUGCAAUUUUGCAGCCCUUUGUAUUUUGUGGUAGUUUGAAUUGUAUUACUCCUAAACAGCAAACAGUUUGUUUUUAGUUAGCAGAUACCUGAAGUACUAUUUUUGCAGGGUUUGCACAGGCCCCUAACUGUCUACUACUUUGAUAUAAUCUAUAUACAUCCUGUAUGCUGAGCUGGUAAAAUACAUUGUAAAUAACAUUAAAUAUUUUAUCUGCUUUUACAAGCGCAAGGUGCAAAAAUAUAUAUACAAUAGCCUCAUUGAUGACUGUAAAGUGAAUUAACAUUUGUUGAUAAUGCCUAAGCUUUUUGACUCUAAUAUAAAGAUCAUCAUACCCCCUUCACUUUUGUCUUAACUUGAAAGUGGUGUGUUUAAAUUUUCACACAUACUUUACUUGAAAUAUUGCUGUUGUCACAUUUUUUUUUGCCUCAAUAAGUCCAUCCGAUGAUUGAACAGCAGCAUUUGCCUUUUGGUUUGGGUUUUCUGUUUUUGUUUUUAUUUUAAUAAAAUAAGAUGACUUUUGAUUUUGCUUUAGAAUGGUUAUCUUAGAAGAAUUUGAGAGGAGCAUGCCGAGUUUCACUUCUGUAACAGCUUUAGUUUUCUCUUAGGCUUUAUAUGUAAUGGAUUCCCUGGCAUAAGAAGAGAGGACAAGAUUCCAGAUACAGCGACUCACCAAGACUUAUUUCUGUAGCGUGUUAGUGGUAAUUUACGCCCCUGAAGUAGCACUUUCAUGUCCCUGUGAGCAAGUUCUAUUUGUUUAUUGCUUGUCAGAGAUGAACACAGAGUUCUGUUCAUUUUGUAAGAGCUGUCCUUCUGAGUUUCAGUGGAAGGAGGCAUUUCAUAUAACACAGAUUUAGCAAACACUGGAAAGAUUUAUUGUAAAAUUAUAUUCUUGUAUACUUUGUAAAUUAGUCUUUCAUUAGAUUUUUUUUCUUCAGCAUAGAACUAAAUUUAAAUUUGUUAAUUUUGAUAGAAUCAGGCACUGGUCACAAAAGGAACACAGAUUGUGGAAAUUAACGUAAAUUGUUCUUGUUCUAAUAUAUAUAUUUUUCCAUUUCUGUCAUGCUUGGAAAACUAGUAAAUGUUAUGUCUAAGAUAUAACGGUAUGGUCCCUCGAUUUACUUCUCAUAAGCAGUAGUAUGUAAUAAAGAUGUUAGCAUGUGCAGUUAAGUAGGUAUACGGGGUUGAGUUAUUGAAGAAGUACUACCGUAUUAUUCAUUUAAUAACUGAAAGCUGCCCAAAUGGGUUAGAAGUUGAACGACUUGACCCCUGGGUGUCAUGAUGUUUGAAUUUUAGUUUAGUAUUAAGUGUUCUGUGCCCCACACUUUACCUACUUUAACUGUUGCCCUUGCCACACUGCCCUCUGCUGUGUGUGUGUGAGGAUGGUGGGAGAGGGAGUCAGGGAGACAGGUGGAAAUGGUCUUUUAUAGGGCGAAGGGACUCAGUGUAGCCUAUUGGUGGUUUCCUGUGAAGUUCUUGUUUAUGUGGAGGUGGAAGACAGUGGGAACCUUGAGUUUCACAGAAAAAUUGGCUUUUGCCCUUCCAUCUCUUUUAGAGGAAGUAAAAAAAGACUUUGCCGUUCUUUGCAUUAUAGAUGGGAAAAUAAGUUCUUAUUACUGGAGUGAAAUACAGUUUUUAAACUGGAGAAGAAAUUGAGCUUUAUUCCAAGAGUUGUAAAACUUGAUAAUUGGAGAGUUGUGCUUGGUUUUUAUUCUCUUUCUUAAUGGUAUAUAUCCUCAAUAGGAGCCUUUGCUCUAGAGUUCAUAGAUAAUGAUUGGUAGAACAUAACUGUUCUCCAUAUUUUUUCCAUUGUUUUCUCAAGGGUUUCUAUGUAUUUUUCAUAACCUGAAGACUUUAUGGUCCCUGAUAGGUUUAAAAGGGUAUAGCAAUGAAAGGGUAUGGUGUAUAUGUUUUUGCUUAAAGCCCACAAGGUCUUUAAGAAAGAACUAGGUGAAAGGGUAAUUAAAGAGUACCAGCCAACUGCUGUGUAUGUACAAAAGAAAGAGAUGAUAAACUAAGGCUGGGGUAAUUUUCCUGAUACUUUCUUCAUCUCUCUAAUACAUCUUUUUAUUCCUGUCCCAGUAAUUGUGCUAUAGGAAGAUGACACAAAUAUGGUGGUGUGUAGUAAAAAUAAUAAGUAGAGUUAAUAUUUUUUCAACUAGUAUAUAUACACUUUACAUACGUGGUUGAAAAUUGGUCUAAAAUAGUCAUUAAAAAUACCUGAGUAUUAUUAGGUUAAAAGUAUAGAAUAAUUGUUUCUGUAAUGAUACUGGGUAUUCUGCUUCUUGUUUUAGUUUGUGAUUAUAGGGGAAGAAUAGUAUUUUUAAAAUACAUACUAAAACAGUUUGAGGGCAAGCAGUAACCUGAAAAGAAGCAUCAUGUUGAAUGAAAUAUGAAUGUUUGUUUUGUCUUAGGAUAUCUCCUGAGAAUACCCUAAGGCCCUUUGGCUGUUACUUAAUAUAAAAAAAAAAUUUUAUAAUAACCAUGUAUACUGGAGUUUUUUCUUUACCAUUAAACUAAAAAAAAGAAAAAGAAUUUUAGGUUUUUAGUAAUAGAAGACAAAAUUGACAAAAUAGAAAAAAGAUAAAAGAAUGGAAGUCAAGUAGAUAUAAAACUACAACUUGAUAGUUUUUCUUUUUUUAACCUGACAGUUUUUUAAAUUACUUUGAAAACUGAAUUGCUUUUAUUAUAUAGUUUCUAAAUAAGGCAGAAUAUGCAUUGUGCCAAAUACAUAGAGCAUUUUUUAAAAGGAGAUUGUGAUACUUUUAAUAUGUAAUAUGCAAUUUUCUGUGUUAUAAAGUGAUGACAAGAGUAGAUCAUUGGUCUUAUAUAUUAUCCUCAGAUAGUAUAGUAUAAUUUACCCUUAUAAUAACCACUUAUAUGUAGAAGUACUUUGACCUGUACCAUUAACUUUCAAAAUUUACCUUUUGGCUUUAUGUUUGCUAUUGUAAAGCUUCAGUUUUCUUUGUAGAUACAGUGUGAGAAAGAAGGAAUACAAGGGAUUCAUGUGUGACCAAAUUUAGGAUGUUCAGAUCUUCUAGAAAAGAAUGUAAGUAGUAGUGAUCAAGAGGCAAACACAUUUAAAGAAACUGAAUAGAUCCCCAAGGACUGUUCUAAAGUACAAACUUUACUACCCAGAUUUUAAUAAUUAAAAACUAUAAUUCAUGGAGCUACAUUUGUUUGAUUUUUAUCAUAGGCAUCAAUCCUAUGUGGUUAAUUUUUAAUCACUUACGACAGUAGUAUAGUUGGUGUUGUAGACCAAAAUUCAUGCUAUGCAUAUGUUUUGACUUUGAUCGUCUUUUCUCAAGAAAGCAAUUACAAUUUUUAGCAAAAUUUUUCUAAUUGUAUUUUAGUGUAUGUAGUAAAAAUACUUUUUAAGAGUUUCCAAUUCAAAGAAAUGCCUGUCUUCUAAACAAAUACCACUUUAAUUUGAUAGAUCUUUUAGUGUUGCUUGUGCUAUUUGAGAUGUAUAUAUAAUCUUUUGUGAAAAACUCUGCUAUUGUUAGCUUAUCUACUGCAGCAUUUUCUUUUCAGUAAACAUGGCAAGUUACUACACUAUACACUCAGUUAGGCUUUUGUUCUUUAUCUUGUUCACUUUAGAAACCUUGUACAUACUUCCAAAUAUAUAACCUUGAAGUUACAAAUUGAGAUGUGGUUGCCUACUGGGUGGCCUUAAUUCCCACUAUUCUGUUUCUCAUCAUUAUUUUCAUACUUCUUAGCAGUUGUAUCAUCUCUUUAUUAUCAGGUUCUUAAUUAAAAACUAGUAAUUCCCUUCAAUGUGAACAUGGGUAGAGCAAAAGGAAAGGAAUUGCAAAUAUGAAAGUAUAAUAAUAUUGGGGAAGAAAGACAAUUAUGUUUGCCAAACUUUUUAAUAGAAAGCUAUUUUAAGAAAAUGUAUGCAGUGCUUACUAGAAACAAACGUUUUCUUGUUUUUAUUUUAAUUCUAUAAGGUUGCAUUCUAGGAAAAAUAAUAUAAAAGUGCCCUUGCUUGCUCUCCAAAGUGAUAACUAUUGUUCUGUGGUUAACUCAAUUGCUUUUUUGCUAUGCAUUUAUAUACAUGUAUUUACAUGUAGAAAUAGCAUAGUCUUUUGGUUCUUGAAUUUUUAUGUAAGUUUUGUCUCCCUAUGCAUAUGUUUUGGAACUUGCUUUUUCUCUUACCAGCCUGUCCAGGAAGGAGUUCAGUAAAUACCUGCCUUUUUCAUUUUUUCUCCUACGUCUUUUUCAUGUGCCUCCCCUCCCCCUUCCCUCCCCUCCCUUUCCUUUCUCUCUCUUUCUUUCUUUUUCUUUUCUUUUCUUUCUUUCUUUCUUUUUUUUUUUUUUUUGGAGAGGGGUACUGGGGAUUGAACUCAAAACCUUGUGCUUGCCAGGCAGGCACUUAUGCCGCUGAGCUAAAUCCCCAACCCUUUCUUUCUUUCUUUCUUUCUUUCUUUCUUUCUUUCUUUCUUUCUUUCUUUCCUUUCUUUCUCUUUCUUUCUUUCUUUCCUUUCUUUCUCUUUUUGAAUUUCUGACUCUCCAUGAAAUCCUCCCAAAAGGAAUCUGUUUAAUUAUGUGUGUCUCAUUACUAUCAUGGAAUUUAAACACAAUUUAGUACUUAGAAUUAGUGUCUCCUUUAGUCAUGUAAGUCUGGAAACUGGAAAAGUAUCAGCUUAAAAUUCAUUUGGAGUUUAUACUGUGGCUUCCUAGUAUACAAAAUUUGGACUUGAACUUGAGCAAAUUCUUUUCUUAGAAUAUGAUUUUAUUUGAGGGAAGAUGAAGAAAAGCAUUUGUUGAGGAAAGAGUACAGGGUAAACUAAAACAAGUCUUUAUAAACUCUGAGUAGCUUUGUAUAACAGGACUUCAUGCUACCAGACUUUCAACCUUGUUUGAGCUAUGCUUUUAAAGUAAAAAAACGGGGUGGGGGGGGAGUAAAAAACAGAAGUCCUUUUGGAUUUCUUUUUACUCACCAUCCCACAUCCCUCUUUAGAGAUAACCAUUGUUGACAAUUUUGUCUUUCAUGUAUCAAUUUUUAAAUUUAUAUUUUGUUUUUAUAAAUUUUCAGUUCUGUCUUAGGUACAGUAACUACGCCCAUGUCAAGUUACAUCCUCAAUUGGGCAACCUGGCAAAAAUAAAUCAGAAUCAAACUUACUUGAAUCAUAACUUUUUUAAAAAAGUUAAAUCAAGUGGCAACAACUCUAGAAGUUUUCAUACUUGACUCUGAGAUGUUUUCUAUUUGUCACAAAUUAAGCUUAAAGAGUAGCAUUCUGGAAAGGUCAAAUCAAACUCAUGGUUUCUGUUGCCAGUGGAAAUAGGGAAAGCAGAGUGCCAGUGCAAGCUCUUAAUACCUGUGUUAACUUAGGGAGAUAUAAAAUCUCCCUAUUUGGAGAGCGUUGCAGUAUGCAGUAAUUACGUGAGACUAUGUCUCUGUUCAUGAGUGUCAGGACAAAAGAUUAAAACACGUGUGCUCUAGAAUAAACAUAUUCUUUCAUAUUUGGCUUGUAAUGUGAAUUCUUUUUUGGUUUGGGUUUUAGCUUUUUGAACAGGGUCUUGCUAUGUAGUGACCAGCCUUGAACUCAUUAUGUAGCCCAGUCUGUCCUCAAACUCCUGGCAGUCCUCCCAGAUGCUGAGGUUACAAGCAUGUGCCACCACGCCCGGAUAGGUUAAACCCAAGUUUUUGUGGUUAAAAAUUGUUUCUAUGUGCUCUUUUAAACAAUGUAGAACUUUGAGUGUAUUGUGACUGAUUCAUUGGUUGAAGGUCUGCUAUAUGCCCCAUGUACAUGUAACACAACAGAGGAGCCCCAUAACCACAGGUUUGUACUUAAAGAGUUUACUUUGGGGAACUGAUGACCAUUGCCUCUAAUUCAAGAGGUGAUUUCUGUGAAUAUGAGAUCAACCAGAAAAGAUGUUCACAUUCUAUAUGUAUUCAAACAUGUCAGUAAAAUUUUUGAGGUAAAGUAAUGAGAAUAUUCAUUGUUGGGAUUGUGGAUUUGAGGUAAAAGUGGACAGAGUGUUUUUAAAUCUUGUAAAUAAUACCUUUUCAAGCCAGGUUGCAACAGAAUAAUUUAUUUUCUGGCUUCCAGGGAAUAAUGAAGUAAUCUUUUAGCCUAAACUGCUUUUCCAGAUUUUGUGGUACCAGUGAAGAAACAGAUGCCUUUUUGUUUAUCUGAACAGCUGCUGUGUGUGUGUGUGUGUGUGUGUGUGUGUGUGUGUGUGUGUGUGUACCUAGGAGAAAGACAAUUUUAAGAGCAGUCAUACCAUUUUCUUUGCCUUUGACUUAUAUUGUCUUGGCACCAUGUGAUAAACCCAGUACAUAAUUCUUUCCCGAGUCAUAUUAGGGCUUUUUUGAAUUGCAACACAGGCCAGCUUGUAUGUUUCUAAAUUCCUUCUUGUAAUUGGAAUGUGAAUUCCCUUUUUAUUGUCUGAAGUUGAAGAUAAAAGUAAAAAUAGUUUAAUGAA